AUGGGAUGUGGGAUCUAUGUAAUUGGAGGAAUGAUAGACCCCAUGACGACAUCAUCGGGUGUCUCCUUCCUGGAUUGUCGGACUCACACGUGGAGCCAGCUCCCCUCCAUGAGAUUUGCUCGCCGUGAAGCCAAGGCAGGUGUCUUAGACGGUAAGAUAUACGUCAUGGGAGGCUGCGUUGGUGCAGACUGGGGCAACGACAAUCCAGAGGUUUUUGAUCCAAAGACGCAAACUUGGAGCAGUGUGUGUAUACCUGAUCCUCCGGUGAUGAACAAGGAG